AUGUCCUCCAAAAGAAAGGUACCGUCGCUCGGCCUUGAGCGCCGGGUACGGCCAAGACGCGAAGACAAAUGGGAACCAGAGCCCGAGUCGGAAGAUGACCUCUCGGAUGACCAUGGGCCAGCCGAGGAAGGAAUUGGCAGCCCCGAGAGCAAUGUCGACGAUGACGACGACGACGAACAGGAUGAAUCUGCAGAGAGUGAUCCAGAGUCCUCUGACGACACACCAAAAGCCGACCUAACAUCCAUCUCCUUCGGCGCCCUCGCCCGCGCCCAAGCCUCCCUCCCCCCCGCAGCCCGAAAAUCCAAAACCCCCAAACCCUCCGACCACCAACCGCCCCAAGAAACCCGCCGCUCCCUCCAAAAGGAACCCUCCAAACCCCCCAGGACGGCGCCUCCAAAACGCUCCUCCAAACACGCGCCCCUCGAGCAAACCUCCAAGCGGCCCGUCUCCCGCAUGCGCGAAAUCAUCCCCGACAACCGCCGCAAAGCGCGCGACCCGCGCUUCGACCCGUCCGUCAACAGGAUCGGCAAGCUCGACGAGGCCAAGGCCCGCAGCGCCUACGCCUUCCUCGACGACUACCGCGACAGCGAAAUGGCCGACCUGCGGGCGCAAAUCAAAGCCACCAAGGACGAGCGCGCGCGCGACGAGCUCAAGCGCCAGCUCAUGUCCAUGGAGUCCAAGAAGAAGUCCCGCGCCAGCAAGGACGACGAGGACAGGCUGCUGGCCGAGCACAGGAGGAAGGAGAAGGACCUGGUGGCGCAGGGCAAGACGCCCUUCUACCUCAAGAAGAGCGAGCAGAAGAAGCAGCUGCUGCUCGGCAGGUACGACAGGAUGACAAAGGGCCAGGUGGACAGGGCCAUUGAGCGGAGGCGCAAGAAGGUCAGUGGCAGGGAGAAGAAGGAGCUGGAUGGGCUGCAGCGGAGGGAGAGGUGA